UGUCCUAUUGAUGGUUUACCGGUUGAAGAUGUUUUACAAAAUCCAUCUAUCAUUGCAAUUAAGACUUUAGAAGGUGGACAUGUUAGUUAUUUACAAGGAUGGUGGCCAAAAUCAUUUUCAUAUGAUAAUAUUGUUGUUAUCGAUUAUAUUAAAGCAAGACUUAAACAAAUGAAUUAUCAAUGGAAUGAAAAUAUGAAUGAACAAUCAACAAUUGAUAUUAGUAUUCUCGAACAAUGA